AUUUAUUUAUUACAUAAUUAAUAUAUAGAGAAAAAUUUACCAUAGAUAUAAUCAUAUACUUAAAACUUUGACAGAAACAAAUGCUCUAAAAAUUUCUUGAUGUUAUUGUUAAGUCAAGUAGUAAUACUUUAUUGGUACAUUAUUGCAUGGUAUAUUUUUUAAAUGAGAUGUGUCCUAAUCUAUUUUUUGUGUAAUUGAAAAAUAUAGAGUAUAGAUUAGACACAAGUUGAAGAAAUUAUAAAAUGUUGUAUAGUUUUUUAGACGUUUGACCCAUUAAAUUGCAUCUAACCCAGCUGUACUUUUUAAAAUGAUAAGCUAAAAAAUAGAUAGGUUGCAAGUCAAUCUAUAAGUCUUUUGUUUUUAUUCAAGUUUGUGUCUACACAUGUAAUAUUAGUAAUAUUUAAAAGAUAUAUAGUUAUUCAUUAUUUAAAGACUUACACCUGUUGACAUAUUCGAAAACUUAUACAUAUACAUAUUAAUCGAUUAAGAUAUAGACAAAGCAACGAGAGCUGGAUAAAGCAUAAUGGACUAGACUCCCACGAUAUGUUGAGCUAAUAUUUAAGGUGUGCAUUAAUAAUGAAUUUGAUACUUUUGACUUAGAGAUUUUCAAAACUCAUGAUUGUUCCUCUCGUGGUCUAACUCGAGUCCGCAUCAUAGUGGUUAUGUGUGAGUAAGAGGUUCUGUUCAUUUUAGGUGUGAGAAUCUGUUACGAUUUUAUCCUUUAGAAAAGGCGGCUCAUUGGUUAAAGAGUAUGAGUAUAGUAUAUAAACUAUCAUUAGCCUCGACUCCCAAGCAAUGUGCAACUAUUUUGGCGUAUAAUAAUAGUUUCUCCUAAGCAAUGCUAAGUGUGCGAGCAUGUGAGUCGGAUCCCUCCUUUUAGUUCCAAUGUUUCGAUCCACCAAGUUCACGCCACCACAACUACGAGCUAUCUUCCACUUUGGAUGUGAGAACCCGUCACUAUUUUGUACUUUGGAAAAUGUGCAUCAUCGGGUUGAAAAGUAUGAAUGUUGUAUAUAAACUAUAUCCUUAACCUCAAUUUUCAAGCAAUGUGAAGCUAUUUUGGUGUAACAGAACAAAUCCUAUGGAUCUUGAAGAAAAAAAGUUGUAAAUAAAAUUGUUUUAAAAAGUAUUUUUGUUAUUAGAGAUAUUAUUGGAUUGAGUUGUGUACUUUAAUAUCGUUCUCUUUAAGAUUAUACCCGCUAAAAGUACAAUAAUGAAAGAGUCUGCACACAUAGGAAUUAUGAGAGAUUAUAUGUGUUUCUAUGUGAAAUUAGUGAAUGAUCCCUCCGUAAUUUUGAGGAUAGGGGUAAUUAUAGAGGACCCCUUGGGUCGGGCUAGAAAGCAAGAAAAAUGGUUUCCCUAGUUUCCUGAUAAAAAACGUAUAAAUGAAGGAAGACUGAUUCUUCCUCAAAUUAUGGGGGAGACAGUUAUUUCUCUUUGUCUGAUAUCUCCUGAGCGCUACUUCUUGGACACCUCACAGGUCACUUGUGAUAAAUGAAACAUGUCAUGUCAUGGAUUCUAGUUUGAGCAGGGCGACCCAAGCCCAAUCAGCUUAUCUUGAGUAAGCUUCGGAUGAUCAAUCCUGCUUCGAGGAAAUAUUCAUGCACCUAGUUUGGACGGUUUUAAUAUGGACCAUAACCUUUUAUGUCCAAUAUAAUUAUCCCAGUCCCGAGUGAAGUCUUGGAAAUGGUGGAUUGAAGAAUCCCUUCAAUGAAGUAUCCUAGGCUUAUCGUUUGGCGCGCGGAUGGAUGACUGAAAUGAACUUCAUGUGUUCCUAGGUGGUGGCAAAAAUUCACCACACCCAAACUAGAAAAUUGUGUACCCUUGUCCGAGAUUAUGGUUAUAGAUAGGCUAAACCUGCAUAUAAUUUAUUGCCAAUAAAAACUUUGAACCCUCUUUGUUGUUAUUUUGGAGACGACCACCACCUCUAUCCACUUCGUGAAGUAAUCUACCCUGGCGAUUAGAAACUCUAAUUGCUUUGGCGCCACCGAGAAAGGGCCUAAUAUGUGUGUGCCCCACUGGUAAAAUGACCAUGGUGAUAUGAUGGAGUGGAGAUCCUCGGAUGGUGAGUGAUGCAGAUUGGAGUUUCUUUGGUACUUGUCACAUUUUUUGAUGAACUUUGCGUUAUCUUUCAUCAAGGGAUGAUGCUAAGCUUGUUGAAGAAAUACUUCAAAGUGUGUUGAUGAAGUUAAACCAAGUGGACCAAGGUAAAUCAAAAGGACUUGUAGGAAUUGAAAAACAGAUUUCACCUAUAGAAUCAUUGUUACAUUUAGAGUCGGAAGAUGUUCGUGUUCUUGGAAUUUGGGGUAUGCCUGGUAUUGGUAAAACAACUAUUGCUGAAGAAGUAUUUCGCAGGCUACGCUCCGAAUACGAAAGUUUUUGUUUUAUGGCUAAUGUAAGAGAAGAAUCGGAAAGAUACGGUACAAACAGUUUGAGGUUAAGAAAGAAGCUUUUAUCCACUUUACUAGAGGAAGAAGAUUUGAAAGAUGACAUGAUAAAUGGAUUACCUUCUUUAGUUAAGAAAAGGCUUGGCCGCAUGAAGGUUCUUAUUGUUCUUGACGAUGUCAAAGAUGCGGAGCAACUAGAAGUUUUGGUUGGAACAGCUGAUUGGUUAGGUGCAGGGAGUAGAAUCAUCAUAACUACUAGAGAUAAGCAAGUACUUGCUGGAAAAGUUGAUGAUAUAUACGAGGUUGAGCCAUUGGACUCUGCUGAAUCUUUUCAGCUUUUCAAUUUGCAUGCCUUUAACAAACAAAAGCAUCUUGAAAUGGAGUACUAUAAGCUAUCAAUGAAGAUGGUAGAUUAUACCAAAGGUGUUCCAUUAGUUCUUAAAGCUUUAGCUAACCUUCUUUGUGAGAAAGAUAAAGCCAUAUGGGAAAGCCAAGCAAGGAAUCUGAAAAUAGAGCUGAUUGAAAAUGUCCAUGAUGUUUUUAGAUUGAUAUACACUAAUCUUGAUUAUUAUGAAAAGAUUAUAUUCCUGGAUAUUGCCUGCUUUUUUGAUGGAUUGAAGUUGAAACUUGACCUCAUACAACUUCUAUGGAAAGACCGUCGAUAUUCGGUGAGCACUAAACUAGACAGACUUAAAGAUAAAGCUCUUGUAACAAUUUCCCAACAAAAUAUUGUAUCAAUGCAUGACAUUAUACAAGAAACAGCUUGGGAGAUUGUUCGACAAGAAUCUGUUGAAGAACCUGGAAGCCGAAGCCGACUAUUGGAUCCUGAUGAUAUUUAUCAUGUAUUGAAACGUGACAAGGGAAGUGAGGCCAUCAGAAGUAUGGCCAUCAGAUUAUCUGAAAUUAAGGAGCUGCAGUUAAGCCCUCGAGUAUUUGCCAAGAUGAGCAAAUUGAAAUUUUUGGAUAUUUACACUAAUGGAUCUCAAAAUGAAGGGAGUUUGUCUCUUCCUCAAGGGCUUGAAUUCUUGCCUAAUGAACUGAGAUAUCUCCGUUGGGAGUAUUACCCUUUGGAAUCCUUGCCAUCCAAUUUUUCUGCAGAAAACCUUGUUACAUUAAACUUGCCUUAUAGCCAACUGAAGAAACUUUGGCAUGGAGUGAAGGAUCUUGGGAAUUUGAAUGUCCUUGUACUCCAUUCAUCCACACUCCUAACAGAGCUACCAGAUUUUUCAAAGGCCACGAGUCUUGCGGUAAUGGACCUCCAUUUCUGCAUAGGGUUGACUAGUGUUCAUCCAUCUGUUUUCUCUCUAAAAAAGCUUAAGAAACUGGAUAUGAGUGGAUGCAUUUCCCUUACAAGUCUUCAAAGCAAUAAUACUCAUUUAAGUUCACUUAGUUAUCUCUCCCUCUACAACUGCACAGCGCUGAAGGAGUUUUCAGUGACCUCAGAGAACAUGAAAGAAUUGAAUUUAGAACUCACGGAUAUCAAGGAACUACCCUCGUCAAUUGGACUUCAAACCAAACUCGAAAAGUUGCAUCUUGGACAUACUCAUAUUGAGACCUUGCCUAAAAGCAUCAAGAAUCUUACAAGACUGAGACAUCUAGACUUGCAUCAAUGCAAGGAGCUUCAAACUCUACCAGAGCUUCCUCAAUCGCUAGAAACACUAAAUGCCGAUGGGUGUGUAUCACUAGAGAAUGUAGUGUUCCACUCAACUGCUAGUGAACAACUUAAAGAAAAGAAGAAAAAGGUUACCUUCUGGAAUUGCCUUAAAUUAAACGAGCCUUCUCUCAAGGCUAUUGAGUUGAAUGCUCAAAUUAACAUGAUGAACUUUUCACACCAUUGUAUAUCCACACGUGAUCUUGAUCGUGAUCACGAUCACGAUCGCAGUCAAGGGAUGUAUGUCUAUCCAGGUAGAGAAAUUCCAGAGUGGUUGGAAUAUAGAACAACUACAACUACACGUGACUACCUAACUAUUGAUCUUUCUUCUGCUCCUUAUUUCUCCAACUUGGGCAUCAUUUUUGGAUUCAUCAUUCCAACAACAACAUCAGAGGGUUCAAUUCUGAAAUUCAAAAUCAGCGAUGGUGAAGAUGAAGGUAUCAAAGUGUACUUGGACAGACCACGUGAUGGAAUUGAAUCGGAUCAUGUGUAUCUAAUGUAUGACCCAAGAUGUUCUCAUUACCUAGCUAGCCGAGUGAAUGAUCAGUCGAAGAUUAAAAUCCAGGUUAGAGCGGCAUCAAGAACACCGACAACACAGUACGUGCCAGUGCAGUUAAGAGGGUUUGGGGUUAGCCUAGUAACCCCUUCACAAUAUGACAAGUUUAAACAGCAAUUGGAAUUUGGUGAUGGUACUCCAAAUAACAUGUGUUCGAUGGAAGAGGAAUCAAAGUUUCUUGGAAUUGAAAAUGCUAAACAGUUGAGUUAUUUCAAUUGCAUGAUUUAGUUGUGUUAAGGUAAAUUGGAAUAUGAAAUCAGACAUUGAUUGAACAAUAGCCCUUGUGGAAGUUUGUAUUGAUAUGAAGUAAGUUUAUAAUUCAAUCUUUAUUUUGUUUCAGAGCUUAUAAAAUAUCUAGAGAGGCAUGAUUCAGUAUAUGCAUACAUUCAGAAAUUUACAAAUUAAUGCAGCAUUGGUUAGUGUAAAGCACCAACCUGCAACCUCCAUGAAUCUCGAUCGGAUUCCCUCACAUCCAUGCCAUGAAUGACAGCUGCAAGCUCCCUCCUCAAGAAUAUGUCUUUUGAUGAAUGCCUUGCCUUUCAAGCAAAAUAUCAAUUGAGGUUCAUACAGGAUAGUUAUUAGCAAAACAACACUAAAUCAAUCCAACUAAUUUCAAUACAAUGUUAACCAAUCAAACCCAAUUCAAAAAAUCUCUCUCAUUCAUUACAUCAAACAGCUCAUCUACAUUACU